AUGGUUGCCGGGUAUUGUGGUUGGGUGCGGGAAGCAGUGGGCGCCAUGGAAUGCAACAGUGACCGGCACGUGCAUGCCGAUCUGCCCGGGGACGGGCGCGCGGGCAGCAGCACGCGACUGUGGGUCAACCCGCCCACCCACCGCCACGUGGUGAGCCAACCCUCGUGUCCUCCCCUCUCCUGCACCUCCUCUGCGCCCCGUACUCACCUCCUCUCCGUCGCUCCUACUUCAGGCGCACCUCACUUUUUCCCCAUCCGCCUCCCUCGCGCUCGGCCUGGCCGCUUUCCCCCAGGGUUUACGACAGAGGCUGGGCAGAGGUCUGGCAGAGGUCCCGCAGAGGCUGGGCAGAGGCUGGGCAGAGGUCCGCAGAGGCUGGGCAGAGCGACGAGCGGCGCGCCAAGCUUCUGCGAGGAGUGGCGCGCCUUGCUGGCCACGGUUAGGCUCGCUCAGUGCACCCCAGCCCAUGUCCUUCUUCCUGCUUCCGCCAGGAGCGGCGCUGCCGACGGUGACGUGGCGCUGCCGUCUGACGUGGCGCUGCCGAGUGUGACGUGGCGCUGUAGGCGACGUGGCCGCAAGGCGGGUGGCGGCGGAUCGAGCGCUGUGCGGCAGGCGGCGGAUCAAGGUGAGUCACGCGGCAUCCGCGAUCCGCCCUUCCGCAAUCCGCCCUUCCGCAAUCCGCCCUUCCGCAAUCCGCCCUUCCGCAAUCCGCCCUUCCGCAAUCCGCCCUUUCGCAAUCCGCCCUUCCUCGUUCCGCCCUUUCGCAAUCCGCCCUUCCUCGUUCCGCCCUUUCGCAAUCCGCCCUUCCUCGUUCCGCCCUUUCGCAAUCCGCCCUUCCUCGUUCCGCCCUUCCGCAAUCCGCCCUUGCGCAAUCCGCCCUUCCUCGUUCCGCCCUUCCUCGUUCCGCCCUUUCGCAAUCCGCCCUUCCUCGUUCCGCCCUUUCGCAAUCCGCCCUUCCUCGUUCCGCCCUUCCGCAAUCCGCCCUUGCGCAAUCCGCCCUUCCUCGUUCCGCCCUUCCUCGUUCCGCCCUUUCGCAAUCCGCCCUUCCUCGUUCCGCCCUUUCGCAAUCCGCCCUUCCUCGUUCCGCCCUUCCGCAAUCCGCCCUUCCGCAAUCCGCCCUUCCUCGCUCCGCCCUUCCUCAUUCCGGCACGGUCAGUCAGGCCUGCUCGUACUCACCCCGUCGUUCCUUUCCCACUUUCUUAUUCAUCCCCCACUCUCGUCCUCCCAUCUCCUCCUCCCCCCCACAACCCCUCUCACACUCACCAGGUAAAGCGCAUGGUGAUCUCAACGUACCAGGUGAAGCGCAUGGUGGUGUCGACCUACCAGGCCGCCAGUGGCGCGGGCGCGGCCGCCAUGGCGGAGCUCGAGCUGCAGACCAAGGAGGUAAGCGCGUGGGGCAAGGGGAGUUGGGGAUGGGGCAAGUGGGACAGGCAGGCGGGCAUUGGGUGGGCAGCGAUUGGGGGAAGGGACACGGGGAAAGAGAAGGGCAAUCAGGUGCUGGAUGAUGGCAAGACCACCACCACCAUGCCAUUUCCCCGUGCUAUUGCCCCGUGUCCACAUACCACCUUACAUCAUACCCCUCCCUCCGUGCGCUGCCCUGUCCCUGCCGUGUGUCUGUCUGUGCGUUACGCGUUCAACCUGUUCUCGCACAACUCGCCCAUGACGGCCAAUGGGUACAACGAGGAGGAGAUGAAAAUGGUCAAGGAGACGCGCAAGAUCUGGAGCGACCCCUCAGUGGCCGUCGCUGCAACACUCAUCAUCCGCGUGCCGAGCGACCCCUCAGUGGCGGUGACAGUCACAUGCAUCCGCGUGCCGGUGAUGCGUGUUAGCGACCCCUCAGUGGCCGUGACAGCCACGUGCAUCCGCGUGCCCGUGAUGCGCGCCCAUGCAGAGAGCAUCAACCUCACACUGGAGGAGCCGCUGUCCGAGAGUCACCUGGCAGGUGUGAUGCGCGCCCAUGCAGAGAGCAUCAACCUCACACUGGAGGAGCCGCUGUCCGAGGUGGAGGCGAAGGAGAUUCUGAGCGGUGCAGAGGGGUUGUAUCUCAUUGACGACCGUGACACCAACACCUUCCCCACGCCACUUGAUGUGUCCAACAAGGAUGACGUGGCGGUGGGCCGCAUCCGGCAGGACAUCUCGCAACCAGACAACAAGGGGCUGGACCUAUUUGUGUGUGGCGACCAGAUCCGCAAGGGAGCGGCCCUCAACGCCGUGCAGAUUGCCGAGCUGCUCGUCAAGAAGGCCGGUGCUGCAUGA